UUUUUUAGUAAUUUUAUGAUGUGGAAAGUAUCUAAAACUGAAUUUAGUCCAUUGAAAAAUAUAGAAGGCGUUGAUUGUCGUUCAAAGUGUGUUUUGGACUUUAAUUCUUUUGCUGGAGAUGAUAUUCGAGAAAUGGUUAAACAAUUUUGUAGGAAGAAGAAAUGAAGAAAUUUUUGGUUUUUGAUGGGUUUUAUAAAAAUUGUUUCUGAGGAAAGGAGAGAGGGAGGAAAAGGGGGAGACUAAAAAAUAUUUAAAAUUAUAAUU